AAGGUCAACAAAGAUGGCAGCCCGCUUGAUGAAAAGUGCUUUGGGUUGGAAUAAAACAUUUAUUACCCUAUUAAACCAAAGACAUGUCCUACGACGGGAUCAGCUAUUUACUCCUUGUUCUUGUUUAUGUAAAAGCAAUGUAAAUAAAUUUCUGAACACGCACCGUCAUUUUUCAACUAAUGCAAAAGCUAAAGAUGAUUCGGGAUCUUCGCCUUCUCCCAAAAAGCCGCAUUGUAAUGUCGGGACGAUAGGCCAUGUAGACCAUGGUAAAACAACCCUUACCGCUGCUAUAACAAAAGUAUUAUCAGAAAAAUACAGUAAUGAAAAUAAAUUUGUUGCAUAUGAGGCAAUUGAUAAAGCCCCUGAUGAAAUUAAACGAGGUAUAACUAUAAAUUCUGCGCAUGUUGAGUAUGUUACACCAUACAGACACUAUGCACACACAGAUUGCCCAGGUCACAUUGAUUAUGUAAAAAAUAUGAUAACAGGGGCAUCACAGAUGGAUGGUGCAAUUUUAGUUGUUGCAGCUACUGAUGGUACUAUGCCACAAACAAGAGAACAUUUAUUGCUGGCUAAGCAGAUCGGGCUUGAAAAUAUUGUUGUAUUCAUAAACAAAGCUGAUGCUGUAGACAGUGAAAUGGUUGAGCUAGUUGAGAUGGAAAUCAGGGAGGUUCUAGAGGAGUAUGGUUUCAAUGGAAGUAAAUGCAGUGUUGUGUCUGGUUCAGCGCUACAUGCUUUGAAAGGAGAAAACCAUCCCAUUGGUAGAGAUAAAAUUCUUGAAUUACUACAGGCAGUAGAUACAAGUAUUCCCACACCUGAAAGAAAAUUAGAUGAACCUUUUAUGAUGCCAGUUGAAAAAGUGAUAAGUGUUCCUGGACGUGGCACAGUAGCUAUUGGAACAAUAAAACGUGGAAUUAUUCGAAAAGGAGAACCAAUAGAACUAGUUGGCUAUGGUAACCUCGUUAAGUCAGUUGUUUCUGAUCUACAUGUGUUUAAUAAAUCUGUAAAAGAAUGCGCAGCUGGUGAAAAUGUUGGUGCUCUACUGCGCGGAGUUAAAAAUGAAAUACUGCAACGUGGCAUGAUCGCUGGCGCCCCUAAUAGCUUGUUUCAGUGUAAUGCAUUCAAAGCUCACAUGUAUUUACUUACAAAAAAUGAAGGAGGUCGUGACCGUCCGAUAACUAAUAAUUACAUUCAAAUGAUGUACAGCAAUACUUGGAAUAUUUCCUGUUGUGUGCAGCUUCCGGAUGAUACCACCAUGUUGAUGCCAGGUGAAGCCAUUCAGGGCAGCGUGUUACUAAGACUGCCUAUGGUUGUUUCCGCAGGGCAAAGAUUUACUGUACGUGAAAAUAACAUUACUACAUUAACAGGUCUUGUUACUGAAGUCCUACCUAAUAGUGAUCUUAAAGUGAAAGGCUUCAACGAAGAGAAAAAGGCUAGAAUGAUGAUCCAAGGAAAUGCGCAAGUGACUCGUUCUGCAAGAUUAAAAAGGAAAAGACAGGACAGUUAAAUUAUUUCUAAUUCUAUCAUAAAAAUUAUAUGGUUUUAUGUAUACUUUACUGAUUUGUUUUAUGUUAAUGAAAAAAAACACUAUUUAUAGGCCUACUUAUUAAUUAUAAGUAAAUACUAAAAUACCAUUACUUUUUAUUAAUUUUAAUUCUCUUCUAAAGAUUAAAAUAAUUCUUGUUAUAUUAGUUGUAAAAUAAAUUCUUAUUGCUGUUAAGGUGACAUAAUUUAAAAAAAAACUUUAGGUUUUAUCAUUGUCAUUCAGCAAGACUCAUCUUUACUUGGUAGUAUAAUAUUAACAAUAUCUUCGUUUACAAAAUUUACUAGGCCUAUACAAGACGAAUAUUUAAGCAUUUAUUAAUUCACAUCAUAUGAUUGUUAGGUGUAAAAUAAUCUUUUUUAAAAUGUGUAACGAAUUUAUUUUUAGUUUCAUGACAUGUUGGUAUUACUUUACUAUAAUAAUUUUUUUAACUUUACCCAAAAUAUGCCUUUGUAGAGUGAGCACUGACUCUUGUCUUAGCACACAGGUUAUGUGACAGUUAUGUCAGCAGUGGCCAUUAGGUCAAGCCGUGAUGGAGAUGGUGUGGUGAGCUGCUGGAGCACAUGGCUAAUUAACCAAAAUAUUUCACAUUGCUCUUAGUCUUAGGGUUUGUACCCAGCUAUACCUUCAUCUCAUGUUAUAUUGGAAAUAAAAGUAAUUCAAAUAUGAAGGUUUGUGUACCAAUAAUUAACAAUCAUGAAUAAUUGUAAUAAAGACUGUUAAUAUCUGGUUGGUCUAGCUUUUCACUUUAUUUAAAUAUCAAUAUGGUUAACAUUUUUGUAAAGCUUAUUAAAAAAAAUCAAACAAAAUAUUAACACAUAAAAAUUCCACAGCAGAGAAUCAUUCUUUUUAAUUAACGAAUUUUAUUUUGUUGAUGAUUACUG